GGUUGGGAUUCUCUAUUUCCAGCCGAGCGUGUUUCGCUGCAUCCUGCUGCGAUGGGUUCGAAUGCUGGGCUUCGCCACAGUCUACGGGACGCUGAGUCUUAAAUUGUAUAGGGUGCUGAAGGUAUUCCUGUCCCGUACAGCCCAGAGGAUCCCCUAUAUGACCAGCUGGCGAGUGUUGCGUCUGCUGGGCAUCAUCCUGCUGAUCGUCCUCUGGUUCCUUGUGGCUUGGACAUCUGCCGUCUGUCAGAACCCAGACAGAAAGUUGGCUCUCAUCGAUGUGGGCUACACCCCCGAUGGGCUGCAGUUCAGCAUGUGCCUGCUGGAUCGCUGGGACUACAUGAUGGCUGUUGCUGAGUUCCUCUUCCUGCUUUGGGCUGUGUACCUGUGUUACGCUGUGAGGACGGUGCCGUCGGCCUUUCACGAACCUCGCUACAUGGCGAUCGCUGUUCACAAUGAGCUUGUACUGUCAGCGAUAUUUUAUGUCAUCAGGUUCACUCUUGCUCCUGAGCUGCAUCCAGACUGGAUGCUACUACUCUUCUUCACCCACACCCACUUAACAGUGACAGUCACACUGGGACUACUGCUAAUCCCUAAGUUCUUGUUUGCUGGCACCCACAUGAGAGAUGAUAUAGCGUCUGAGGCCUAUGAGGAUGAGUUGGACAUGGGUCGCUCUGGGUCGUAUCUUAACAGCAGCAUCACAUCAGCAUGGAGCGAACACAGUCUGGACCCUGAGGACAUCAGGGAAGAGCUGAAAAAACUCUACUCCCAGUUAGAGAUUUACAAGAGAAAGAAGAUGCUGGCUAACAACCCUCAUCUCCAGAAGAAACGGAGCUCUAAGAAAGGGUUGGGUCGUUCACUGAUGAGGCGCAUCACAGAAAUUCCUGAAUCGGUACAUCGGCAAUGCAGCCGCGAAGACAAAGAGGCUGGGGAACACGGGAGCAAUCGCAACAGCAUCUGCAUGUUGAAGAAGAAUCCUUUUGACCCAUCACACCAAGGGAAGCCAGCAAAGGAGGAGACACUCAAGAAUAAUGUUUUCUCCUUGAAGAAGUCCCACAGCAGCUAUGAUCACGUCCGUGACCAGAGUGAAGACUCCAACAGCUCUGCAACAGAUAAGAUCGAGGUGACGACGGCUGAAGGGUCCCUCCUGGACACACUCAUGGGAAAGAAGCUGGUCAAAAGAAAGUCCAAUGAAAACAUAAAUGCCCCAAGUGAAUCCACUGAGUCAGUUCCUUUGGUAUGCAAGUCAGCAAGCGCACAUAACCUCACUGCAGACAAGAAACCGAUUCACCCCAGAGCCUCCAUGCUUCAGAAGUCCCUCAGUGUCAUCGCCAGUGCCAAAGAGAAGACUUUAGGCUUGACAGGAAAGACCCAGAGCACGGACGACAGCAAUAAGAAGAGUCAGCCAAAGAGUAAAGACGCAAAGGCCAGUGUAGAAUCAGAGAGUGAAAGCCAACCGAAGAUGAUCAUUAGCCAGUCAGUUGAGUACAAACAGAGCACGGCAAAAGGCGGGAUCAUCAAACCACAGGUGAGUGGAAGCCAACCUGCAAUUCCUUCUGAUCCAGUCAAGGGAAAGGAUCUUUAUGAUCUCUCUGAGGUAUGUCCCUGGGAAGUGGAGGAUAUUCCCACUCCUUCAGAAAACAAGGUCCAGAAGCAUGUAUCCAUAGCACCAAAGGAAACCACAACAGUUCACGGAGGUGGCACAAAGGCGAGCAAAUCUCAGCAGAAGAAAAAAGGUUCAGAUCAGUCUGCAUCAAGUGUCAGCCAUUCGAAAGAAACUCAGAGAACAUCUGCAGUUCGAGCAGAAGUGUGUCCAUGGGAGGAGACGAGUGAGAGUCCAACUGGUCAAGUAGACGCAUCAAAGCAACAAAUAUCCAGUCCAACCAGUCAACUUUCUAAGAUACAACAGCCUCCUUUAACAGCAGAGAGCUCCAAAAGACAUCGGGCAGAGGUUUGUCCGUGGGACUUUGAAGAUUCACAAAAGACUGCAGAGCUCACAAGCUCAACAGAUACAACAAAAAAAUUAAAAGGCACUUCUCCGGUGGAUGGGAAAGGAAAAAAUACCCUUUCAGAUACAUCCAAAGUAAGGGGCUCCCUUCAACUACCAACCGCAAAAGUUGAUGUUUGUCCUUGGGAUUAUGACAGCACUGCCAUAUCUCCAAAUUCAGAGAGAACACCUAGUCCAUCUCAAGUAUCCAAAAGCAAGGAAUCCCCUUCAAAAAAGAAGGGGACCCUUUCAACAAGAACAGUUGAGAAAGAGAAAUCAAAAGACGCUGAUGAAGAGAAAAACAGAACAAAAGCUAAGGACAAGAUUAAAUCUUCAGAGAAACACAUGAGCCAGCAAAAAAUGGUUGAGGUAUGCCCCUGGGAUGUAGAGAGUCAACAGGAGGUGCCCGUGGUAGAAAAAAGGAAAAGCACUAAUGUUGGAGCAGCCAAAGGAAAGCAGGCUGAAGUCUGUCCGUGGGACUUUGAGGAUACAUCAGAUAAAAAAGGCACAGACAAAAGUCCUUCUGUGGUGAAACAGAGUAAUCCAAAUCCUAAAGCUGGGGUUGUAAGUGCUGCAAAAAAGGCAGAUGUUUGUCCCUGGGACUUCGAGGAUAGCACAUCAAGCAAGAAGGCAUGACACUCAACCUUAACGGACCAAUGAAAUUAUAGUUAUUGACGUAUGCUUUUUUUCCACUUUGAAACCCUCAAAUAUUACCUUUUACUAUUAGUACGGUGACUUGGAAGAAAAAUCGAUCAAGUUCCACAAGUUGCCUUCCUUUCUGAGGUUUUGUUCCUGUUUUACCUGUUUUGAAAAUACAUUCUAUGUACAAAAACAUGAUGAGCAUUCCAGAUUAUUACAGGAAAAGUUAAAUCUUAGACUAAUUAUGCAACUUUUAAUUCGCCUUGUCACUUCAUGAGCAAUGUUAAUCUGCAUUUAUCACAUUAUAUGCAGCCAACAGUUAUUACAUUUUAUUUUUUUCUGUAUCAACAUCAUCACUUCUUGGAAAUAGGGGCAUGAUAAUAAUGGAUGUAUAGUAAAAUAUAUCACGUAUAGGAGGAAGAAUUAUGGAUGGAAAGGUUGAACUGCAAAAUAGGUGAAAGCCAAAGAAUGAUGUUAAGUCUCAAGGCUGUAAUUUAUUAGUUUGUGUCUGAAUCUUGGCACAGACGUGAAGAGGAUAUCAGUCUAUUGCACUUUAGCCAGCUCCAUAAAUUAAGAUCAGGACAAAUUCUGGUCUUCUUGUACAUUUUGUCUUCUUAGUUUACACCUCAUGGCAUGAUAUCAAAAAGCGCAUCACAUAUUGUCUAAACUUAGACGUUUUCUUAUUUAUUUUCUAUAUUUUUAGAUCUAUUUAAUUGUAGUUCUUGGCAGAUUAAAAGGCUUCCAAGUCUGCAGAGAUGUACUGUAUGUGCCUAACUAACUAGCGUUGUCUUGUAUUAGUCUGAAGUGAAGCUAUUGCUUCCUUCAGCAUUUUGUGACGGUGAAAUAUAUAAACAGCAUGCACAGCCAGAGUAGAUGGACCCUAAAAAUUUGUCAACUAAAACAGUUAACGUGUUGACAGAUGUUAAUGUUGUUUUUAGUUUCCUUUCUUAAUGCCAGAGGCACUGACCUUCCAGCUAUCAUAUAUACAAUACAGCUCAUUCAGGGUGGCAAAGAUUCAGUAAGAGCCACAUUAACAUAAAUGCGUACGAAAAACAGCUCUUACUUUAUGAACACAAGUAAAAGUGAGGAUAGAGACAUACUGAGGCACUAGGCUACUAAGGAAAUACUGAGGAAAUAAUUUGCAUCAGCUUUGUUUAAGAAUCCAGCAUGGAUCUUUGUGCUGACUUGCAUUAAUUGUUCGUUUGUGUACUUGUAUGUGUGUGUCUGGUAGUGCUUUCCCUCCUAUUUCCUUCGUUACAUUCCCAAUGUCUCAGUAAAACAAAGAUGGUAAAAGGUGAGCAGGUUACCACGAACUGAUACAACCUGCUGUAUAAGGGAUAAUUAGUUGUCUUUUAGCUUUGGCCUUCGUUCUUAUUAACAACUGUACAAUGUAGCAACAAACUCUGUUGCUUUGAAAACUGGGUGGUAUCACUGCAAAGCAAAAAGAACAAGCUGUCAAACAGUCGUACAUACAUAUAUAAACUUUAAGGAAGAGGAAACAGGAAGUGGUCAGACUUAUCCUGUCCAGUAACAUCUGCAGCUUUAGGGUUUAGGAUCAGAUCCUUCUUUUUCUUCACUUUGCAUGUUCAUUAAUUGAACUUACUAGUUUGUUUUGGAAUCUUACUCAGACUGACAUAACGUUCCUACAAUACAGCAACUAUCAACCCAAUUCCAGCCUGAUGACGUAGGACGUUGGUUUGAAUCAGGAACAAAAUGGCAUUGGGCACAACAGGCAUUUUAUCUUGUUAUACGUGAUCUAGUUGACGACUGACACUGCAUUCACGAAAGACAUGUUAGCAUGUUUGACUUCUCCACAACAGGUUUAACAGGGUGUAAAACAUAUCUACCUUCAUUUACUUCUAAUUCUUUUAUCUGUAGAAAAGUCUCGUAGUUCUGUCCUGACUUGGAAACUGACCUCAAAGCAUCGGCGUAAGUCCUUUGUAUCAUGGAAAUAUCACAGUGAACACCAAUGUAAGUUCAGGGGCUACGAACUGCAUCUACACCUUUUAAAAUACACCAAUAUGAUGUAAAAUAAUAACAGACAGGCCGUAUCUGAGAUGAGAAAACACUUCAGCACAUCUGAAAUCCAACACUUCCAUUCUUACCUUUCACCAUAAAGUCCGUAGACAUGGACUUUAAUUUUCCUCCUCAAGAGUCGCUAGCAUCUCAAAAUUUAUUACAGUUGCUGGAUCGGAAAAACUGAUGAAAUGAUUAUGACUGAAAUAAAUAACAACAGCCUAAGCCAGUUCUGUUUUCCACUACUCAGUGUGAAAUCUGUUCCACGAAUAUAAUUUUUAUUGACACUGCAACUGGUAAAAGUUUUACACUGUCAGGAAAAUAUGCAAAAAUCUGCUGAAAUUUGGUCGGUUUGUUGGUUUUCUGUCCUGCAUCCACCUCAUCCGUGUCUUUUUAUGUCAAAAAAUAUCUAUGUCUACAUUUUCUUAUUAUCUAUGGGAAGUUCCUAUCACUAACCCCACUUAUGAAGACAGGUUUGGUUGAAAUGGUUGUGAAUAACUGGCACCUGAGAACUAUUUUGAACAAUUUAGUCAUUUCACCCCUAAAUCAGACUACAUUAGAGUAUGUGACUAAACUACUGCUUUGUUUACAGUGUGCAGGACUAUUUGACUGCUUGUUUUUCUCACUUCAUGUGAUUUGUUUUGUAGUGAUUUCACCAUGUUUCCAGAUAUCUAAUACAUUAAAUAUUCUAUACUUUGGAGAGUAGAUCCUAACCAAUAUUAACAAAGACCAAAAUUGCUAAAAUAAAUUCCAGGUUGUAUUAAAUUAUCCUUUAAAACUUCAGUAACUAAAAAAGCUUUUACUGCCAUCAUUUUUUAUGUUUUUGUAAUGCGUAAACAGUAGUGCAAGGCAUGUGUUUCCUAGUUUUUUGCAAUGUAGACUAACGCCCAGUUGAUUAAUGACACUAAUCAUGUUAGAAUUAGACUUAGCAACGUGGUAAUGAUUUAAUAAUCUUACUAAACCUUUUGAAGGUUUUGAUUUGUUCAGUGUUUUGUAUCAAAAUGUCUAAAUACUCAUCAUACACUAACCGUCCUGGGAUUAAAACACAAAAACAAGUUUCCGGCUUUUACUAAAUAAUAAAUGUCCAGCAGCUGACAAUAAUUGCAGUCAUGUGGGAAAAACUAUGUAUCAAUAUAGCAUCUGCUUUCCGGUAUCUUGUGAGAUAAACAUGGUAUCACUGAAUGUUGUCACUGAUUGUAAUUAUCUGUAAUUGCUGUCAAACUCCUCAUGACAAAACGUCCACGUCUCUGUAGGAGACCUGACUAAUUGUGAUUAAAAUCAGUGCUUGUCGGUGAGAAUUUUACUAUGUCCUGCAUUUGAUUCAACCGCAAUGUUUCUCCGGUGCAGAUGAUCCUUAAAAAAAAAAAAAAAAAAAAAAAAAAAAAACAGUCUGUCAUCUGGUUUUGUUUAACAUGCCAACAUGAUUUUAUCAGCGAGACUCCAUAAACAUGAUUUAGUGACGCUGUGUCUUAUAUCUGCCCCUCCGACUGAGAAAUUGCCUCCACCGUUGACCUGUGGGGCUCGUCGGAAAUAUUUCACAGGCGGGGUGUUUGCCUUACAGCGCCAGCUUUGUCAUCACCUCUGCUUUAUAAGCUCCUUUAGGAAUGGUGUCAGAGAAGAACCGUCACCGUGCGCGGGUUGAUUAUAAAGCUUUGAUGGAUCUAUAUGAUAUUUAUGAGGCAGAUGUUCGGCCUCAUCCAUCAUAUGCACCGCUGUAGCAGAUGCAGGCCCUCAUUAUAGGAGGAUUCCUGGCUGCUGGUGUAACGACAACAGGUAAAUCCUUGUUUUUUUUAAGUCAUGCCAAUAUUAGGUUAUGAAAAAUCUCCUCUAUAUUCAGCUCUUGUCGGAAAUGUAUUUCAUUUCAUGUUUUUUUAAUUGAAAAUAUUCCUGUUUUUUUCAUACAGGUUCCAAAAUGAUGAAGAGAAUUUGAGUAAAGUUAAAUCCAUUUGGUAAACUUUUAACAUCCACCUGGUCACCAGCGACCCACCUCAGGGUUAGGGUUAAGGUUACACAUGAGCCAGGUUUAAACUUUAGUACAGGACUCUGCGACCCAUGGUUUCUGAUCCAGAUGUGAGUGUGGAGCCUGUCUCCAGCUUGUCAGAAAAACACAAGAAUAACAAUUAUUUUUAAUAUUAGAACAUUUUACUCUCAGUUUUUUAGGCCUAAAGCCAGUCUUACAUGACCCAUCAGUAAAACACAGCAUAUACGCAGAAUAAAAGCAUUUUAAAAGUAAAAUCUGUGUCUUAUAUUAGUUCGACGCCUUUUUGCCAGACUUUAAAAAAACAAAACUGAAGUCUGUCACAUGAGCCUUGACAUAUGCCAGUGGAGAUUUCACAAUUACACAAUAAAUACAUAAAUGUGCCCCGAUAAAAAUGAUUAAAAAAAAAAAAUCAACUGUUUUACUUAUUGUAGAUGUGCUGUGCUUUAAAAACACCCCAAACAUUGAAUUACUGAAACCGAAAUGCAAGUACAACUAAUGAUAAUGAAGUGUGGUUAAAAAACAAAAACAAAAAAAAAACAAAGUGGGUUAAAUCAGUUUUCCAGUUUCUUUUUAAUCUGGUUCUAUAGACUGUAAAGGUUCUUGACACGUGCUUUGGUAGUUUGGAUUGUGUUUCAGCCACGUGUUAAACAUAGAAACAAGGAGAAAUUCCAGUCCAAUACAUGCAUUUCAGUCUGAGCUACUUCUAUUAUAAAUCAAAUCCUAAUCCUAAAACUAGUGUUAAGUUUAGGGCUACAUUUGAGCCAUGUUUGAUGACGUUGAUUGGGUUAGUGUUCCAGCCACAUGUACUAAUGCAUCCACUUUGACCUUAUCUGUAUGAACCAAACCCAACUACUAGCUCAUGGUUAAGGUUACAAAUGAACCAUGUUUUAACUUAUGGAGUUAAACAAUUAGAGGGUUCCCACUAAUUCUGUUAUUCACCCUAAUCAUGAAAAGAGUGGAUGUUAAAAGAGCAACACUAGCAAUAUCUUCCGUUUUAGUAGACUUUUUUUCAUUUUUUAGCUUCUGGGUCAAAACUUGUUUACCGUAUGAACCUUUUUACAGUCUUUCCAGAUCAAUAGGAGUUACAGUGCAAAUAAAAUCCUUAGAUCAGAGCAUCAUAUCAGUGCACCAUCCUACCAUUACACCAUGGACUAUGCCACAUUUUCUUCUUCCAGUCUACUCUGUCGCUUCCCUUCGCAUAACUUCAGAUGGUGUGCUUGCCGCCGUAGCAUCCCUCGGUUCAGUCAGUCCAUAUCUGUGUGUGUACUGAAUUGUGUAUACAUAACAAAAGUGUCUUAAUGUCUGUUUCUCUGGAGAUUCUCAUUGUAUUUUAGCGGUAUCCUCAUGAAUCGGUGAACCUCAACCAUUGACUUGGAUGUGCGUUCUUGUACCAUCAUGACAUAGACAAUACUGUGUCCUGUAGCUCUUUGUCCACCAAUCGGAUCUUUUAUCUUUCUCCCAUGGUGCGUUCUGUCGGCUAGCUGCUUUUAUUUAACCCUGAUUUCUCUCUCUCUCUCUCGCUCUCUCUCUCUCUCUCUCUCUCUCUCUCUCUCUCUCUCUGUGACCAAACCAAGUCACCCGAUGGCAAAUACAACUACUACUAUUGCUACUCCUACUAUUCAAUGCUGUUAACGUUGUAAAUCUUGCUCUUGUGGCUUCUGCAUGAAAAUCAAGAAAUUAGUAGGACCGAUGUUUCACUGCCCUUGAUAGAACAAAAAAGAAAAAAAAUUGAUCUUUUAUGGACUUUUAUGGAC